CUGUCCUUUGUAUCAUAAAGUGCGUGCAUAAAUCCGUACCUGUGGGAAUAUCCCAAAUCGUACCUAUCCAGACAACCUGGCCUUCCAAUUGUCUACUAAAUCGUAGAACUAAACCAUUUACUUAGUUGCAUACCUCAUACACCUACCAGGUAACCUAUGAAGCAACCACUUUAAACAGCUCUCUUAACUUUGAAUCUCUACCCGUUUAAACUUCUACCGAUAUUUUACACAAGUCAUAUACAAUCCCCUUAUCCCGUAAUAAGCUUGAAUCUCUCUCCCUUGUAAUCGAUAACCCCUCAACCAAUACGAGACACACCAUCGUGGACAUCACCAGCCAUCACCAGCCAUCAUGGCUACCGCACCCUUCAAUUCCAAAUCGCCCACAAUUAGGCGCAUAUUAAAAGAAGCCGCCGAGCUCUCCGCCUCCCCCUCCGCCGACUACACCGCCGCGCCCCUAGAAACAGACCUCUUCGAAUGGCACUUCACGCUGCGGGGGCCGCCGAAAUCCGCCUUCGCGGGGGGCAUGUACCACGGGCGGAUCGUGCUGCCGGCGGCGUACCCGCACCGGCCGCCGUCGUUCCGCUUCGCGACGCCGAGCGGGCGCUUCGAGGCCAACCGCGAGAUCUGCCUGAGCAUCUCGGGCCACCACGAGGACACGUGGCAGCCCGCGUGGGGGGUGCGCACCGCGCUCGUCGCCCUGCGCGCCUUCAUGGAGACCGACGCCCGCGGCCAGCUCGGCGGGCUCGACACCAGCGACGCCGUCCGCCGCAAGCUGGCGGCCGAUAGCGCCGCUUGGAGGUGCGCGACCUGCGGGAAGACGAACGCGGAGAUCAUGGCCGAGUGCGAGAGGCGGUGCGCGGAGAUGGAUGCGGAAAACGGCGGCAGGAGGAAGCGGGAGGGGGAGGAGGAGCUGGUCGAGGUCCCAGCUGAGUUGAAGGUGGGGUUCCGCGAUGAGAUCGAGAAGGCGAGGACUGCUGCUGGUGCUGCUGCUUCCGCGGCGGGUGCUGGCGAGAGCGAAAAGGAGGAGGAUUCGGAAAGUGCGGAGCUGGCAGAGGGGUUUGUGCAGACUGCGCCGAGGAGGGAAGACCCGUCGGCCGCUCCCAGACCCGCACAGGCAGUUCCUCCGCCGACGAGAACGAUACCGUUGCCGCCGAGUGGUGGCGUAGGGCAGGCUACGUCGUUUCAGACGCCGAGAAGGGUAGAUCCGAACACGGGGGUGCCGCCGUGGGUCGACUACGCGAUCGUGUCGCUGAUAAUCCUGUUAAUUGCGAUGGUGACGAAGGUUCUCAUUGGUCGUUAAGUUAAGUAACCUACUUGGUGAUUAGUAGAAAGCAAGCAUGAGCAUGAGAAUGAGCAAGGGGAAACAGGCGUUACGGGCUAGGGCAGGACAGGACAGGGACAGCACGGGACAAUAGGCGUGAUUGAAUUACAUGUGAUUAGAGGGGAAGUGGUGAUAGUGAUACCAAGAAUUGGAUUAGAGAUUGAAUUUCUGGAACUUCGGACGCUACCCGAAACGAGCUACACGAGCCUUGAGUUAUACCUACAGAAUUAUAUAAAAAAAAAUGCAACAGGGAAAGGAUGAGAAACUGUAAUUUGGGCGCUAAACGGGAUCAGAUUCCCGUCUACAUUAGCAGCCAUCUCUCGCCCGAGGGACUACAAACGCAAGGCAUUAUCUACCUGUAAGGAAACGAAUACCAAGUAUUACUACAAACUUCAUUAAAGA